CAUAAUUAUAACUAUUAAAAUCCCGAAACUACCCCUACUCGUCACCAAUAUUCUCAAACCCUACCACCCAAAAACAAAGCCGUAUCAAUCCUCGUGAACCCAAUUCCUUCUUUGUGGAUCUGAUUCGAUCAAUUCGAAAAAAUAUCUCUCUCGCUGCGUUUCUUCAUGGCAUCUGAUCAACGUGACACUGAUUUCUCCGUUGAAUCACUGGAUCUAGAAGAAGACGGCGGCGGUGGCGGUGGCCGAGGAGGAGGAGAAACUGAAUCCGACGAAGAUGUUGUUAUACCUGAACCAAACGAAGCCGAAGACGACGAUCACGAUCACGAUCCUGAUCCAGAAUACGAAGAUCUGAAUUCUCCGUCAAUGAUUUCCGCAAUUUCCACAGCUCCGGUGGCGAAAUCAACCUCCGGAACCGUAACCGUCGCUCUUCCCGCCGGAUCCGCCGUACCUGUAUCUUCAAUUCCAUCAGAUUCCGAUCAGAAAUGGCACCGUAUGACCGAAAUCGUUCAUCAGAAACCACCGAUUGAUGAUUCUCGACGUUUAUUCCAGAGACUAUGGACUGAUGAAGACGAGAUCGAGCUUCUCCGUGGAUUUCUCGAUUACAUCACGAGCCACCGUGGUAACAGCUCGCAUCCGCCGGAUACGGCGCCGUUUUACGAGCAGAUCAAAUCGAAACUUCAAUUGGAUUUUAAUAAGAAUCAGCUUGUGGAGAAGCUAAGGAGGUUGAAGAAGAAGUAUAGGAAUGUUAUGAGUAAGUUUAGUUCUGGUAAAGAGGUAUUCUUUAAAAGUCCUCAUGAUCAAGCUACUUUUGAUAUCUCUAGGAAGAUUUGGAAUCAAACUGGGAAAAUUAUUGGGUUUGAGGAUAAUAAUGUGAUGGAUUUCGAAGAAACCAAUCAUGUAAAUAACACGAAUGGUAGCUCGAGUUUCAAUGUCUCGAUUGUGAAUGUGGAUGUUGAUUCUGAAAACGGUUUGGAGAAGAAAGUGACAAUUAGUAGAAAACGAUCACGAUCGAGGAUCGGGAAGAUUGAUGAAGAUAAGCCUGUUAUUGCUCCGAGUGAAGGGCUAAUGCCGAAUGCUGUUAAUCUUAAUGAGAAUGUGGCUGUUGCUGGUGAUUUUGGUGAUGGGAGGAAUUUAGGAGGGAUGAUAGAAGAGACGGUGAAGAAUUGUGUAUCGCCUAUGAUUAAGGAGAUGAUGAAUGGUACGACGGGAAUGAUGAUGGCUGCAAUGGGUGGGUUUCCUGGCGGUGGUGCUCAUGCUCUUGGUGUGUUGAGUCCGAUGUUAAUGCUGUCGAUGAAUUUAGGGUUUGGUGGUAAGGGAGUAGGGGACGAACGGUGGAGGAGACAGCAGAUUCUUGAGUUGGAAGUGUAUUCGAGGAGAUUAGAAUUGGUUCAGGAGCAGAUUAGAGCCACAGUGAAUGAGUUAAAGACAAUGCCUAAUGGAGGAUGAUGCAUAAGUAAGACUACAAUGGGUUCUUAUGAGAUCUUAAGUUAUGAGAAAAAAACGAAGAAGAAGGAAGAAGAAGACCAUGAUGGUGAGGUAUAGUAUUAGCAAAAGUUAUAAACUAAUAUAAUCUGAGUACUUCUGAUGGUGAUGAAAUCUUUCUAGGUUCUUAGUAUUUUUCUUGAUUGAAUCUUUUUAAUUUUGUCGAUUAGGGGUGAAUGAUAGGUGAUGGGGUUGUGCAUAACCUUUGUAUUAGUCUAUUAAAUUAUAGUUUUUGGUAGAGUUCAAUAAAAAAACAAAAACUAUCUUGAGCUAUUUAUGUAAAAAAGCAGCAAAUAAUGUUUUUUUU